AUGAGCGAAUCGGCUCCUAGGAGGCCUCUAGAGGGGGACGACUGCCUGGAGGUCCUCUCGGGUGUCACUACACCUCGCAACGAUGGCGGCGACGGCUCUCUGAGUCGGCGCAACAGCAGCAGCAUCAACAGAAGCAGCAGCAGCAGCAGCAGCAGCAGCAGCCUGAGGGGCAGCCUCAUGCAUUCUCCUGCUUCGGAUUUGCUGCUGAACUCGCAGUCAUCCGCGCUGCAGAGCCUGCUGGCCGCGAGAGAAUCUCCUGCUGCUGCUGCUGCUGCUGCUCGCAGUCAUCCGCGCUGCAGAGCCUGCUGGCCGCGAGAGAAUCUCCUGCUGCUGCUGCUGCUGCUGCUGCUGCUGCUCUUCCCCUCUGUCUGCCCGCAGGCGAUGAAAGCAGCAGCAGCGGAAGCAGCAGCGGCAGCAGCAGCGGCAGCAGCAGCGGCACCAGCAGCGGCAGCAGCAGCGGCAGACGCAGCAACCCGGACUCAGGUAGAUCUGAUGCUGAGCAUGCAGCAGAGACAGAGGGGCAGCAGCAGCAGCAGCAGCAGCAGCAGCAGCAGCGGCAGCAGCAGCGGCAGCAUGAAAUUCCAUCGGGACUCAGGUAGAUCUGAUGCUGAGCAUGCAGCAGAGACAGAGGGGCAGCAGCAGCAGCAGCAGCAGCGGCAGCAGCAGCGGCAGCAUGAAAUUCCAUCAGCAGCAAACAGCUGUUCUAACACACUUAUCGUUGCUGCAGCAGCACGGCCUGGGGAUACACCCGCCAGCAGCACGCGCAUAGAUGUGGAGACGCACACAAGCACCAGCAGCAGCAGCAGCAGCAGCAGCAACAGCAGCAGCAGCAGCAGCAGCAAUUGCUACGAGCUGCCAGCUAUAGCUAAGGAGCCGCCUGGGAUCCCUCCUUUGUGUCACCCAUUAGGUAUGAAUACAUCUUUUUCUGCGCGAGCAGCAGCAGCAGCAGCAGCAGCAGCAGCAGAUGCUGCUGCUGUUGCAGCCGUAGCAGCAGCAGCAGGAGGAGGAGUAGGGAGAGAAGCAGCAAGCAGCAGACUCACCCACAGCUUGAGCGCCGAUGACAGCCAAAGAAGAAGUCUAAGAGCUGCGUUCAGAGGAGGAAUAGAAAAACUGAUGAGGUUUUCUAGCUGGAGGGGGAGAGAAGAAGAAGAGCAGCAGCAGCUGUCUGUACACUGCAACCCUGCUGCUGCAGCACUCCACAACCAGCAGCAAACACAACAUCUCCCUCUUCAUGCUGCAGCAACCCCACCACAACAACCACCCCAUCAACCUAUCCAUCAUGGGGUGUAUGGACAGCUGCUCCCGCAGCAGCUGCAGCUGCAACUGCAGCAGCAGCAGCAGCAGCAUCCUCCUCCUCCUCCUCCUCCCUUUGGAGCUGCUCAUACGGAUGCUAGAGCUCACCUGGUGCUGCUGGUGGAGCUGCAGCGGGUGCGCAGCGAGUUGGUGCGACUGCAGCAGCAGCAGCAGCAGCAGCAGCAGCAGCGGCAGCAGCAGCCAUCUAUAGUUAUUCAAAACCAUACUGCUGUCUCCGCGAAAGCAGAUAGAGUUUGCCCAGACAGAGAAAGCAGCAGCUGGAUUCCUCCUUGUCUCUCCGUGUGA